UCAAACUAAGAACUAUAUAACAUAUUAGUCUCCCCAUAUUUCACAAAGGGAUUUGCUACAUGACCAUAACUGUUGAGACCGACCACUUCAAAUCAUGAGGCCAACGAGAGUUUUUCACAAGCACAAUGAAUGCUCACAGCCACGAACUUCUUUGAAUCAGAUCUCCAUCGCCGUCGCCGUCGCCAUCGCCGUCCGUCGUCAUCGUCCUCCUCAGCUGCUUCUUUGCUACCAAUUCUGGACGGAAUUUCUUUACCCCCCAAAUUGCGUGUUGCACUUGAUGACGAUUGCAUUUACGCUGCUGCUGCUGACCUGACCCCCCACAGCUAUUUCAAUAUUAUCCACUCGCUUCUCGAUUCAAUUUAGAAUACCAUUUCCUUCGAUUUUUUUUUUCUUUUUUUUUCUUUCCACCAAACCCUAGAUUUCAGUCUCCGAUUACGGCGGUGAAAUUAGCCGAGGUCAUGGCGGCGCCGGGGAAUGAAUUGAAGGCGCAUUUGGGGAUGGCGGCGGUGCAGCUGUUCAACGGCGGAUAUCACGUCGUCACCAAAGUGGCGCUCAACGGCGGCGUCAAUCAGGUCGUUUUCUGCCUCUACCGCGACCUCAUCGCGCUCGCGAUUCUCGCUCCUGUUGCUUAUUUCCGCGAAAAAAGGUCCCGACCGCCUCUAAGUCGAGCGGUUCUACUGACGUUUUGCUUUCUCGGAUUAUCGGGGAUUUUCGGAAAUCAGCUUUUGUUCGUUCUUGGUCUCGGAUACACCAAUCCGACGUACGCCUCGGCUCUACAGCCUGCGAUUCCGGUCUUCACAUUCAUAUUUGCCGUCAUCAUGGGUACCGAGACGAUGAAUUUACGGAAAGUCGAAGGUCGAUCAAAGUUAGGCGGCACUUUGAUUUGCAUUUCGGGCGCGGUACUUGUCGCUGUUUUCCGCGGUCCCGUUGUGAUCGGAAACGACGAUACGGAGACAACUGAGUUAUACCGUGUGAGCGUCGCCGGCCAAUCAGAGAACGCCACGUGGUUAGCGUCUAGCUUUUUGGAAUUCAGUAUCGAUACGUGGCACCUCGGGGUUUUAUGCUUGAUCGGAAACUGCUUGUGCAUGGCGGCUUUUCUAGCCGUUCAGGCUCCGCUUUUGGCUAAGUAUCCGGCGAGUAUUUCGGUGACGGCGUAUUCGUAUUUCUUCGGCGCCGUGUGUAUGGUCGCGACCUCGUUUCUUAUGACGAAUGAAUCGACUAGCUGGAACCUUACACAAUCUGAGGUUUUAGCCGUAUGUUACGCGGGACUCGUAGCGUCUGCCCUGAACUACGCAAUCGUGACAUGGUCGAACAAAAUCCUCGGCCCUGCCCUUGUCUCAUUGUACAACCCGCUCCAGCCGGCCGCAUCCGCAAUCCUCUCCAAAAUUUUCCUCGGAACUCCGAUUUAUUUGGGAAGCAUUCUCGGAGGCGUACUGAUUGUCGUCGGGCUUUAUUUGGUCACGUGGGCGGCGCACUCCGAGAAGCAAGAAAAAAGCAACGGGCGCUCUCCCGCAACACAACCACUCCUCGACGAUGAUUCGUCGAUCGACAAGAUUUCGUACCCGGCCGGGUACAUUCUCCCCGGGCCUUCAAACCCGGCAAUAAAGACGGUCAAUUAAUUCGCUCGACCGCGGGGCUGCCGGUUCCACGUAUUGUAUCGGAGUGUUUGUUCGCUUACACGAGGAUGAUUGGAGGUAAUUGUUUUUUUGCGCAAUUGUAUUGUAUUAUGUCAACGUAAGUUCGUAAUUUUGUAUAAAUUUAAAGCUGGUAAUGGAGCCGAGGUUGUUCGAACUUUUGGACUCAUUCGUGUAUUUGCUGUCAUUGUACUUUUAUCUUUUGUCGAUUCGAUUCGAUUCGGAUUAAUUGUAAUCGGACUCAAUUAUUCAAAUAUUGUGUUAAUUAAAUCUUUUUGGUUGAAUCUGUGACA